CAUUGCAUCCCCACCUCUUAACUAAACCACCAUAACCUAAUUUGUGCACGUUUUGUGUGACUAGAUCGACAAAAAGUAAUUUUCAGUGCACACAUAAUGGUUAAAAUCAAAAAGAAACCACUACAAAUUAAAAAGAAAAUGUCACCCAAACCGCUAAAGAAAAUCAAACCAAAAUUGAAGAAAUCACAAAACAAAACUGAUUUCACCUCCAUGUCGGUGGAUACCUUUUUGAACCACAAUUUCGAAGACGUUGACUCCGACAUUUCCAGUGAAGAUGGAGAAGAAACAAUUACAGCCGACGUGGUUGAAGACAGUAACUCACAUAAUGAAGAGAACCUAUCAGAUGGUGAUUCCGGUGAUGAAAUUGAGAACCACAAACACGCACUGUCGAAACUAAAAGACACAGAUCCCGAAUUUUACAAUUUUCUGCAAGAAAACGACAAGAAGUUGCUGGAAUUCAACGUGUCAGACGACGAAAUUGAAGAGGGUGACGACGACGAUGAGGAGACAAACAACGCUCCACAUAAGCUCCCACAAGAACUGGAAGUGGCUAGUGAUGAGAGCGACUUUGAGGAUGAAGAAAAAGUAAAAGAUAAGGGAACUGUAACUCUGAAAAUGUUACGAAAUUGGGAAAGCGCCAUCCAAAAAGACACGUCAAAUAAAUCUAUCACUGCAGUAAUACAAGCUUUUCAUGCAGCUCUUCUCACAGUAAGUUCAGAAGACGAACAAGAACCUUGCCAGUACAAAGUGGAAGGAGCAGCUGCUUUUAACGGCGUCAUUCAGCUGUGUGUUAUCCAUUUAGGGCCUGCCUUGCAGCGGUUUUUGGGUCUCGCAGACGGCUCUAAGCAGCCCCCACAUAAAUGCAAGAAGUUCGUGAAAAUUAAGGGGAUUUUGAAAGAUUACUUCAUGGAUUUAUCAAAGUUAUUAAGUGGAGUCACUUCAACCAAUAUCCAAACCGUGCUACUCAAACAUCUCCAUUUCAUGUCUCCUUUUGUUGUUUCAUAUCCAAAUAUAACAAAGUCAAUUUUGAAGCGAUUAAUCUCAAUUUGGGGUACCGCUGAUGAAGGUGUGCGGGUCUUAGCUUUCCUUUGUAUUUUACGAAUUACUAAUGGCCAGAAAGCCAAAUUUUUGGACACCGUUCUUAAAGCGAUGUACAUGACGUACGUGAAAAAUUCAAAAUUCGUCAGUGUCGGUUCGUUAGCGGCUAUUAAUUUUAUGCGUAGAUCGCUCGUUGAAAUGUUCGCUUUAGACGCGACAGUGGCGUACCAGCACGUGUUUUUGUACAUCCGACAAUUAGCUAUUCAUUUACGAAACGCCAUUACCGUGAAUAAAAAAGAAAAUGUUCAAGCUGUAUACAACUGGCAAUACAUCAAUUCGUUGAAAUUGUGGGGCAAUUUUCUAAGCGCUACUUGCCACAAGCCGCAGUUACACCAGCUAGUUUAUCCAUUUGUUCAAGUGUGUUUGGGAGUUUUGAAACUUGUACCAACAACUCAGUAUUAUCCAUUACGAUUCCACGUGGUUCAGAUUUUAAUGGAUUUAUCGCGUGAUACAAGCGUUUUCAUUCCUAUCCUACCAUUUAUCCUUGAAGUACUCACUUCGUACGACUUUAACAAGAAGCACCAGAAGGUGUCAAUGAAGCCACUGCAGUUUAUGUGCUUGUUAAGGGCCUCAAAAUCACAAAUGAUGGAAAAUGGGUUCAAAGAUGCCAUCAUCGAAUCCGUUUAUGGGUUAUUGCUCGAAUAUUUAGCCUCAUAUUCUCACAGUAUCAGUUACCCAGAUUUGAGCUUAUUGUGUGUUAUUCAGAUAAAACAAUUUUUGAAAAAGUGCAACAACGCCAACUACAACCGAAAAAUUAAGCAGCUUAUGGAAAAAAUCGAACAGAAUUCGCAGUUCAUCGAAACUGAACGCAGUAAAGUUACUUUGAAUAUAACAGAUUUUAAACAAAUCGAGGGUUGGGAGUCACAGAUUAAAGCAAAAGGUACUCCUCUGGGAACUUUCUUUGAAAACUGGAAUAAACUUCAUUCAGUUAAAAAACAGAAACAGUUAACCCAAAAUGAUGAGUUGGGGAAUUACAAGCUACCCAAAAUUAAGAAAAAACCAGCGAAAGUGCGGUCUGAGGGACCAGUGGAACUGUUCCCUAGUGAUAGCGAAGAUUCAGAUACGUCAUCCCAGAAAGAGAAAAAACCAAAACGAGGAAAACGGGCUGGAAAGAAUGCUAAUAAAAAAAUGAGAGAUGAAAGCGGGCCGGUGGAAGACGGAGGAGAAAAAGACAUCGUGGAAGACAUAAAAAUGAGCGACUGGUGAUAAAUUAAAUAAAAUUUAUUUUCAUAAAAAAAAUACAAUAAUUAUAAAACUUAUUAGUUAAUAAGUACGUUUACAUUGUACAUUGUUAUUAUAAUGUUUUUAACAAUACAUUUACACAGAAACGAAA